UCGCGCACAGCCGCGCGCCGUCGUGGUCGUCUUCUCACUCGCUGGCGACGGUCGGAGCGGUGCGACUGUGACGUCAGCGAGGCGCGUACCAGGCGCGUGACGCGCCGUCCGAGGCAGGCGGCUCGUGAGCAGUGGUGCCCGGCUGGCCGCUCGUGCGGCCCGUCGGUUGAAUUGGCAAGGAAUCGAAAGUGUGCAGGGCUCACUGCGCCGCAGCAGCCGACACCCGUGUUAGCGCCACCGCCAGUCUGUGCGCAUCGGCUGGGUUUGACUUGGCAGUGGGCUUGCCGAGUGCGAGGCGGCCGUAUCGCACGACCUGACUUGAGAGUGGUUCACUACGCCCGGAGAUCAGUGUUGUGCAGGCCGCCGGAUUUAAAGGCUUGCUCCGACAGAGACAAAACUCAGUGAUCACUUUCAACAGGUUCGUCAAGAUGUCCAAGGAGUCUGAGGACCCACUGCUCCAGCAGAUCGGCAGCAUUGGCAAGUGGCAGGUCGUCACCUUCUUCGUACUAUCACUUUUCUGCGUGCCGGUGGCCUGGCAGCUGCUGGUGGUAGUGUUUCACGCCCCUCCUAACGUUGACCACUGGUGCAAGCGGCCCGCCGCCUUUUCCAACUGGACCGUCGAGCAAUGGAGACAGUACAGCACGCCGCGGGUCGCCGACUCUUCCGGCUUCCAGCAGUGGGACAAGUGUCAUGUGUACGCUCUCAACUACUCGACGGCGCCGCCGGACCCGAACAGCCUGCCGCCUCGGAGCACCAACUCCACCCUGCCCUGCCCGAAGCUCUAUCGGAUCGACGGCCGCUGGGAGUUUGACCACAGCUUCUACGAAUGGACCAUUCAAGAACACUUCAGCCUGGUAUGCGACUACAGCUACCUUCUGGGACCCAUCAAGGCAUCCUACAUGGCGGGCAUCCUGGUCGGAGUGUUCUUCGGAGGCAUGGCGUCCGACAGGUUCGGACGCCGUCCCACCAUUCUGGCGGUGCUGGUCGUGCUGUUCGUGCUGGCUCUGGUCGUCUCUAUUUCCGGCUCCGUCAUGGUGUACAUAGUGCUGCGCUUCCUGCUGGCCCUGACUGUGGUGGCCGAAUACACGGCCAUCUUCGUGUUCAGCAUGGAGAUGAUAGGUGGCAAGUGGCGAAUCAUCAUGGGCAUGCUGUUUCAACUGCCCUUCUCCUUCGGCUUCAUGAGUCUGGCUGGCAUCGCCUUUGCCGUCACCGACUGGCAGCACCUUCAGCUGGCCAUCAGCGUGCCGGUGGUGGUGUUCUUCGUGUACUACUGGGCGGUCCCCGAAUCACCACGAUGGCUCCUGGCAUCGGGAAAAGUGGAGCGAGCAUCCGCGCUAGUAGAGUCGAUAUGCGAGAUCAACAACAGGGAAUUUGACCCGGAUGUGCAGCUGGUCCCGCCGCACGAAGAUCGCCGUCACGUCAGCGUCUGGGAGCUGCUGCGCGUGCCCACCGUGCGCUACCGCACGCUCAACAUGUGGUUCAACUGGUUCGCCAACGUGUUCGUCUACUACGGCCUGCUGUUCGCGUUUGUCGGCGUGGGUGAUGAUAUCUACCUGAACACGCUGAUCGGAGGCGCCGUGGAGAUCCCGGCAUACUUAUUCAGCAUCGCCAUCUGCCUGCUACUGGGCAGGCGGUGGCCAAUCGCCAUCAUGAUGGUUCUCACCGGCGCCUUCCUUCUGGCGACCAUAGGAAUCCGGCCAGGCGCAUACCAUCGGGACUGGCCAGUGCUGGUGCUGACGAUGCUCGCCCGGUUCUGCAUCACCUCGUCAUUCGGCAUCGUGUACGUGUACGCGGCCGAGGUGUUCCCCACGGUGCUGCGGAACACAGGAGUCAGCUCCAGCUCCACCUGCGGCCGGAUCGGCGCCAUCAUCGCCCCCUUUGUUGCUGGCUCGGUGACAUACUACAUACAUCUACCGGCCAUUGUUUUGGGCGUGGUCUCCAUCAUCGCUGGCCUGUUAAUCCUGCUAAUGCCGGAGACCAGGGGCACCAAGUUGCCAGACACCCUGACCGAGGCUGAGUACCUGGGCAGCGACGUCGAAUUCAGAAAGAAGCCCCCCGGCCGCCUCUACCCGGUCAUCCCCAGCAUCUCGACCACAGUGGUGGAGCCAGAGAACAACAGGUCUCCAAGUCAUCAGGACAACGAAGGCUUCGAAGACUACUCGGAACCCAACAGCGACGACAAGGCCGUCAGUGAUCAGCCGUUGUGAGCUUUCGUUGUGAAUCAGCGAACAGGCUACCACGCUCCGUCGGUGAGCGAGGUAGUGGCCUUUUGUCCGUCGUCAGUGGACAUUGGUCCGUCGUCAUUGGCCAUUGGCCCGCCGUCACGUCCCAUUGAUCCGUUGUCAGUGACCAUUGGUCCGUCGUCAGGGGCCAUUUGUCCGUCGCUAGUGGCCAUUGGUCUGUCGUCAUUGGCCACUGGCCCGCCGUCGCUUCUCAUUGGUCCGUUGUCAGUGGCCAUUGUUGACUUCCAGUGCCGCUUCAUACGUCACCAUGGCGUUUAACCCUUGCGCUGUCGGUGGUCCGCGCAAAUUUUGCCUUCAUGUGGGGAGGGGGGAUAAGUUCAGCCUCUCCCUGGUACCUUGCAAUUAGGAAUGACUUAAGACGAACAAAACGUCAUUGAAUAGUCAUGUCACGCUUUAAAAUAUUUAAGAAAUGUCAGUUUGCUGUCUGAGGUCAGUGUCAAUAUCACAUCAAAUCGGCUGACAUUAUCCGUUAUAUGGGGUACCCAACAAGUUGAGCCUCUUGAGCUCAUAUCUUAGAUUUAUCCGUCUGAUAUGCAUUGAGGACUGCGUGCUCCACGCGCGGCACACGAUUUGAUGAACCGAGGAUGCUGAAUGCAGGUAAAAAUACGGCGUCGAGGUCAUCUGUCGUUUCCUUUGAGCGGGAAGUGUCUUAUCAAACGUAAUGUUUCUUUGGCCGGCUGCAGCCGUGCGCGAUGUCAGAACAGAUUUAAAGAAAUCCUCAGUUUUAUCUUCCAUUUUAGAAUCAGUUAAUGUCGUUGAUCCAUGUUUGUCUUUCUGCGGUACCCGGAGGUUAUAGUACCCGGACUUGGUAUAAAUGUAUUUAUGAUCAAAGGAAUGCAUCAAAGUGCAAUUUAGAUUGACGUAAAAUCCGACGGAAAAGAAACAUAAUCCAUAGAUCAGGUAUAAAGGGAAUCAUGCAAGGAACUCACUCCGAUGCCUCAUCACCAGGCAUUCCCGAACAGGAAAUAGGAGAUCCUUCUCCCCGCUCCCCACCCCCACGAGUGCGAGGGCUAAGCCACCAUUUUCUACCUACCGCAAAGUUCGAGAAGUGGGCCAGCUUCGCAGCCCGUGGCACCACGAACGCUGUAUGUGCGGCGUUGGGGAUCCGAGAAACGAUUAACCGGAGCCAUACUGUGACCAACUGAGCGCUGAGGACCAUCCCCGCACAGCUCCACAUGCCUGGCACGCGCCAUGCGGCCCGGCUGGGCGGCGGCCUGAACACCGGCGUGUCUAGCGUAAGCGGCAGUGCAUGACUCCGCUGGGGCAGAUCCGUGCUAACAGUGGGCUGGUUGGCGAAACAUAGUGUAUUGUGACUUGAGCUUAUGCGGUUGAUUGUCGUGAAAUGGAACUCCGAUUACAGCUUAGAUCGGCCGCAUCGUCUUGGGGCGUCCAAGCAGGCUAUGAGAGUCGACACUAAGGUGAUAUGGUAACAUUGCGAAGAACGUAUGUGCAUCCAGUAGAUGCUUGCAUUCUAUGCUUUUUCGAUGCGUUUAAGUGUCGUGCUAUUUUCCGAUGCUGUUUGAUUUAAUAAAACUGACCAAAUACG